AUGACAGAGUUGACUGAUGGGAGACCUUCAGGGGGAGGGGAAACAAGGCGGAGUACCCCCGGGGACGGCAAUUCGGGUGUGGCUGCAUCCACCGAUGUUCCAGCUCAGGUCACCGCUGGGCCAUACCCCGGGGAUUUCAGCCUUAAUUUUACCAGAAAUAUAGGCGAUUACUUAAAGGUGGAGUUUUUACUGGAGGUGAGGUACAAGAAUGACACGAUCUGUCUCGAUAUUGAAUCAACCAAUGAGCGACUCCAAAAGAUCGAAUCAUCCAAUCAGUGGCUCAGUCACGUACAGCCGGCACGAGACCGACACGAGCAGAAUUGUGAAUUUUAUCGUAAUGAAAAUGGAGAGAUUUUACUUCGAACUUUAAAGAAGGUGGAGAGUGGAGAACAGCUACUAGCCUGGUACAGCGAACAGUUGGCACGAGAAUUUGCCAUUCCGUUUCUAGGACUUCACAAUAUACUUGGUAACCAGCAAUACGUGUGUGACAGGUGUGGGCAAACGUACACACACCCCAACCCACUGAAGCUUCACCUGGUGACCCGCUGUAACAAGGGACUGACCACACCCACUAAAUCGUCCAGUAUGCCGGACAGGGACAUUCUGUUCAGACCCUAUCUUGAGUGCAGCUGUCCUAACAGUAAACCAGACCGAGUGCCACCAGUUCCUGGUCCCAGCCACACACAUCGUCAACCUUAUCACAGCCACUGCGUCACCAGGCCGCUGCAACAUGUGACAACAUUAAACAGAUCCAGUGCAAUUGGUCAGCAGCAACUUAAGCGUGUGUUUCCUUCCGAAAAUCUUCGUCCAGUCAAUCUAUCAUUGAAGGAAUCGCAUGGAAAAUCGAAGAUAACCUUCCACGAGAGUCCGUUCCUCCGGCCAAUACAGAUUUUCAACCACGGUCAGCCUCAGGUGUUUCCCUUUUCAAUGGGAACGAUGACGUCACCACCGUACAGGUGCUGUGACGUAUGGGCCCCAUACAACGCCAUAUUGUCCCAUCACCAUCACCACCAGCAACAACACUCAACUCUCUGGGCAGGUAGACAAACAAGUUCUCAUGCGCAACAGUUAGCAAACAACAGACAAAGCAAAUGCCGGGGCAAACAAACAGCUGUCAAUCUUCCGGUUCCGGUUGCGAUGCCGUCUGAAGCGGACGGAGAACCGUUGGACUUACUUCCGAAGUCAUUUUUUGCAAAUAAGUCAAAGAAAGGACACUAUUGUAUAUAUUGUGGGAAACUUUAUUCACGAAAAUAUGGUCUUAAAAUUCACCUGAGGACCCAUACAGGCUACAAACCAUUGAAGUGUAAGGUUUGUUUGCGACCUUUCGGCGACCCCAGUAAUUUGAAUAAGCAUAUCCGUCUUCACGCACAAGGUGAGACACCAUAUCGCUGUGACUAUUGCGGAAAAGUUCUUGUUCGGAGGCGAGAUCUCGAGAGACAUAUCAAAUCCCGCCAUCCGAGUGCUACAGGGAGCAAUUUUGUGAUGUCACGUGACUAUUCAACAGAUAUAGACUCGCCAUCAGCAAAACAUGACAAUGACCAGGAGAUCGUGGUCGUGUAAAAGCGUGUCUUCUCCGGUGUUCUUCAGCUUUAACUUGACUUUUUGUGAUAAACUGUCUCCAUCCAUAUGGUAUAUAUAAAGGUAUCUCAUUAUCACUUGUAUAUGUUACUUGUCGAGUGCAUACACGUAUCUAUGUUACUUGUCACGUGUAUACAUAGGCGUAUGUUACCGGUUAUGUAUCGUAUUUUACCUGUUAUGUGUAUCACACAUAUAUGUGUUACCUAUCACGUGCAUACACGUACAUGUAUUUUACGUGUCAUAUGUAUGCUACCUGUCACGUGUAUAUACACGUAUGAAUGUUAGUUAUCACGUGUAUACACGUGUGUUUGUUACCUGUCACGUGUAUACACGUAUGUAUGUAACCUGUCACGUGUAUACACGUAUGUGUGUUACCUGUCACGUGUAUAUACGUAUGUAUGUAACAUGUCACGUGUAUACACGUAUGUGUAUUACGUGUUACGGUUAAACACGUAAGAAUGUUAGCCGAAAAGUAUGCGUUGGUAGGAUUAUUGUCA